AGAACAUCUCGCCACCAGAUUCCUCCUCCCUCAGUUCUCGAUCAAUCUUCGUCGGAGAAAAAUUAUGGCCGGAAACGUUGAGGUUUUGCCGAAAGAGUACGGCUACAUCGUUUUCACCAUCAUUGCCUACGGUUUCGUCAACCUGUAUAUGCAGAUUCAAGUCGGCAAGGCUCGAAAGAAGUAUAAAGUGUGGUUCCCAACACUCUACGCCACCGAAGCUGAUACCAAGGAUUACAAAAUCUUCAACUGUAUUCAGAGAGGGCAUCAGAACUCGCUUGAGUCUGUACCGAUCUUCUUUGUUUUUAUGGUUUUGGGAGGGAUUCAACACCCACUUAUAUGCUCGGCUCUGGGAUUAGUUUACUCAGUCAGCCGAUUUUUCUAUUUCACCGGUUAUUCCUCCGGUAAUCCUAAGAGACGUAUGCCAAUUGGGAAAUACAACAGUGUUGCAUUGGUGGGGCUUCUGUUAGCUAAUAUUUCGUUCGGGGUGAAUCUUAUCAGGGCAUAAAUCAUAAGAAUCGUCAAGAAAACCAUGUCCUUUUGACGCUUUGUUUUGGUAUUAAUGUUCAUAGG